AUGUUGGCAGUUAUGCUUACACAAGUAGGAAGAAAAGUGCACACACUAGUAGCUAGGACAAAGGACAACAAGUUAAAAAAAAUAAGAACAUAUAUUAAUAAUUAUGAGGAAAAUGUGAGCGAGAUCAAAAGGAAAAAAGAGUAUCUGAAUUUGUUAAGAAAUAUAUAUCACACAAUUCCGUCAAGACUUAAUGAAAAGGAUGUAUGGGAUGAGUUUGUAAAUAAAUUGAAAGCAGAAAACUGCUACUUCAAAUUAAAGCAAAUUGUUCAGAAGGGCACUAUGCACUGUCAGUCAUUAUAUUGCAGGCAAAUAAUAUUCCUUUAUUACAUAGGCUUUGAUGACGAAAUGUCCUUCCUGCUGAAUAAGAUGAAUUACAAGUUGAGCAGAUGUGAAGAAAAUAAUUUCAUUGAAUGUGAUAAGUACAUAAAUGAAGAUAUAAAUGAUGUUAUAAAAAUGUUAUAUGUAUUAUAUUAUUUCCAAAGGAAAGACAAAAAUUAUAAAGACAUGAUGUUGUUAUUUGAUAAAUACAUAUAUCAUAGCAAGAAUAAUUUUAUUAACAAUUUGAAAUAUUUGUUUUAUUUUCAUUUAUUUUAUUUUAACAUGAAUUAUUCUCUAGUUAAGAUUGAAAGGAGCAUAUAUUUUCAUCGACAUUUGUUGGUAACUGAACAACUGAUGCUUUUAAUUCGAUAUGUAAAUAUUUACUUAAAAUAUUUAUAUUUGCAAAAUGCUAUUAAGCAUAGGAAUGACUUGUCUUAUGAGAGUGAAGCACAUAAGGACGAAAAUAAAUUAACGCAUACGAGUAAUUUAUUCUGGAAGGACUUUGUGCAUACUGAGUCUGAGGAUGUUCUGUUGAGAGGAAGCAAUAUUGGAAGUAGUGGAAUACGUAGUGGAGUACGUAGUGAAAUAAGUAGUGGAGUACGUAGUGAAAUAGGUAGUGAAAUAAGUAGUGGAGUAUGUAGUGGAAUACGUAGUGGAGUACGUAGUGAAAUACGUAGUGGAGUACGUAGUGGAGUACGUAGUGGAAGAAAUAGCGAACGCAGUGGGGGGAGUAGAGCACAAAGAGAGAUAGGCACUUUUAUAAAUAACCUGUUCAGGAUAAAUAAAAAUGAAAAGAAAUACUUCAUUUUUAACAGUUUCGAUGAUAUUGAAAUAAGAGAUCAGAUACAGAAGAAGGGAAGGUAUCUUGACUACCUAAAUGGGAUAAAUAAAGCAGGGAAUCGUAUAUCCAGUAGGGGAGGGAACAUAGAUGCGCCACCUCAACUGUUGGGAGAUAGCUAUCGUUCUGGAAAGGACUUAUUGGAAGAGGAAAGGAAUAAAAUGGAUGUAAGCGAAAAUUUGGUCGUUUGUUCGUUAAGCUAUGAUGGUAAUAUUCCGCAUAAAGUAAACUUUCUUUCCGAUGUUCCGGAUGUAGAUAAGAAGGGAGAAGAUGGUAGUACCCAUCAUACAGCUAGUAACAAAACAGGGAUCCAUAAAAAUGAUCUUCAAUUAAAUGAGAUAAAUGAUGGUGUAAAUAAUGACGUAUAUAAUGUGAGGGAGGAGGAGGUAUGCAGAAAAAAUAGGACAGCGUGGAGAAGGGAAGAAAUAACAGUGAGUGAAAGGGAACUAAAAUUGUAUAAGAGCAUAUACAAUUUAUGUGUUAAGGAAGUUUUUAAAAAUAUUUUAUUAAACAAAGAAAGAAUAAGUGUGGACAUUAUAUGGAAUAAUUUUAUAAGCAAUUUGUUUAAAGAUGAAUAUAUUUAUUUGUUAAUGAACGAAAUGAAAAAUGGACUUAAUAUUUUAAAUGAAGAGAAAUUUUUAAUCUACUUAAAACAAGUAAGAUUAUUAAAAUUGCAUGAAAAUUCUUUAUUCAUUAUGAUAGCAAAUGCAUUUUUUAAAAAUUAUUAUAUAGAGAAAAAGUACAUAACAAAUUUACCAUUAGCUGAUAAGAUGACAUACUAUACCGACAUAUUUUGUUAUAACUGUUUAUUACAGAAAUAUGUUCUUUAUAUAUACAAAUUUAAUUUUAACAAAUUUAAUAUAAAAAUUUUAAAAAAAAUUCUAUGCAAAUUAUUUUAUGUUUUAAAAGAAAAUAGAUCAUUAAUAAAUGGUUAUGAUAAAUUUAUAAAAUCGAUAAUUAUGAAAAUUAUUAUGAAUGGUUCAUUAAGUGACAAUGUAGUGGUGCUUUACAUCUUGAGGCAGUAUAAUUUUUACAAAAUAUGCAUGAACAGACAAGCACAAAGUGAAAGGGAAACGUUAUCCGCACGACACCACUACGACGAACCAGUGGACACAAAUGAUUCCAUUAAUUCGGAGCAACGUAAAGAAGAUUACGGAAUUGUUUACAGUGAGAUAAAAAACAAAGUAGUGAGAUUCCUGUCAUCAAAUGGUGAUAAUUGUUUAGUAGGAAAAGAAGCUGCAGUUGAAGGAGGAGGAGCUGGAAUUAGCAAACAAAACGAACAACGCUUCUUUAAACACGUUGACAGUCAUGUGAACAUGUUUCAUCUAAGCAGCCCCCUCCUAGGGCACCUAACAAAGGACUACUUAAAAAUAUAUGAAUACAUGUGUUAUAGAACAAUAAUAGAAAAAAGGAAAAUACACAAAAUUACAUAUGACAAAUAUUUCGAUAUAAACAUUAUCCUAAUGAUAAACAAACAGGUGGUAAAAUUAUUCUGCAUAUUCAUAAAUAAAUUUUUUGAUUCAGUGGUGAAGGGUGAUAAAGACAUGCAUAUUUACGAGUGUAUAAAUGAUUUUUUCAUUGACAAUCCUGUGUAUUACAGUUCAAGUGAGAAGAAGCAUAUGUACCGAGGAGAUAACUCAUUCAAAGGAAAUCAACCAAUCGAUGAUAAUAUGAAGAAUGUCGACGCGGAUCAUACCCAUGUGAAAGAUGUUAGUAUGAGAGGCGUCAACACGGAUGAAACUGAACCAAUGGAAAGAAACCACAUGACUGAAAAAAAUAAGAACAACUUUCAUUUCAACUUUUUUGGGUUAAAAAGGUAUAUGCCUUUGUCAACCAUAAGUAGCUAUAUAAAGGAUAACAAAUUUGAAUAUAAUACAGUCCAAAAUUUUGUGGACUUAUUACUAAUGAUAAUUAUUGAUAAUUUUAUAUAUUUUGAAAUUAAUAAUUUUUUUUUCUUACGUUUUUUUUUUCUUCUAUUCGAAAAGGACUUCUUAUUACCGAUGAAUAUAUAUCAUUACUUUUUCUUUUUUUACAUUCUUAAAAAUAUGAAUUAUAGUCAAAUAAGUCAACGAGAAAGAAGGGAAUACACAUUUUCAGAAGAGUAUUUUAAUAAAAAUAAAAAAAAAGUUGUAAAUUUGUGUAGUUGGAAAAUUAAAUCAAUCAUAAGGGGGUACAUAUGCGAGAAUAUGAAUGACUGUGCAAUUUCCAUGACUGACUGCACAUUUGAUGAAAGCGAUGCUGUAAAAGAACUGGACAGAUAUGAAGAGAGUAAUAGGCGUGAUCAUCCUGAUCAACCUCACCAACCUGACCAUCCUGACCAUGUUUAUAAUAUACGGGGGGGAAAAAACGUAUUUGACUUGGACUGCUUAAUAAAUUUAAUUGUGUGCCAUUUGAGCAAUGAGGAUAUAGCUGACAUAUUCCAAAGCUGCUUUUUAUUUUCAUUAAAUUUGUAUUUAAAAAGUAAAGGAAAUAAUGUUGUUAUUAAAUAUUGGAAGGAUAUGAUAAUAAAAAGUGCACACUGUGACAACAGUUUGAAUGUUAUAAAUUGCAAUAAUUUUCAAAAAAUUAGAUCUUUAUUUCGCUUUAAUGAAAAAAGGAAAGAAAGACAUAAUAAUACAGAUAGCAUUAUAAGAAAGUACGAAUUUUUUUAUGUCAAUAUUAUUGAUGAAAAGUUGGUGCAUAACGAUAAUUUUGAUGAUGAAAGAGAUUACGAAUGUUACAUCCAUUUUUUAGCAGAAAGAGAAAGAUAUGAAGCAGAAGAUAUUUUAAAUGUGUGUAAAAUGGGUGAGAAGUUUGAUAAUAGGGGAAAUAUUGAAAUAAUAAUUAAUAAUAUUAAAUCGACUUUAAAUAGAUAUUCAAAUUUUGAAUUUUUUGUGAGCUAUCUCUUUCUGUUAAUACUAUAUGAUAAAAAAAAUUAUAUAAAUGACAUUUGUAUAAUUUUUAGUGAAAUAAAUAAAUACAUAUUAUUAAUGAAUAAAAAUAUCAACUCCUUUUGGCAUAUUUUGUUAGCUCAACUUAUUUAUUUGAUGAAGAUAAAAAAAUUUUUUUCUUUCGAUCUUCUCUUCUGGAAAUAUAAAAAUGUAGCAGAUUUUUACAACGAUUUAAUUAAUACUGUUAAAAAAAAUGGAUACAGACAGAUGACUAACACUACCACUGUUAAGGAAAAUAAUACUUUCAAAUAUAGCAUUUUACAUUUUUUAAAAAAAAAAGAAACAUCUUUUUUGACAGACGUUCAUUUGAAAGAUAGUCCAUUCAUAUUCGACAUUUACGUACCUUCUGCAAACCUUCUUUUUAUAAAUCAAAAUAAGUAUCUCUUUUGUGAUAUAUUUGUGCAGCAAUUGCAGGAAAAUAUAUUUGACCACAUGAACUCACAUAUUUUCGAAAUGCACGAAAAAAAUUACAAUUCGUUCACUCAGAUUGUAAUGGGAAAGGUUUAG